AUGGAAACAUUUGCAUAUUCUGAUAUGGAUUUUAAUUCUACCGAUAUUGACAAUAUGCUAUGCGAGCUCGGAUUACACAACCAGACCGAAUACUGUGGGUCACCUCCAACACCACCACCUCCACCAAAAGAUAUGAAUCAAACAGUGAGGAUUUUCUUAUAUAGCCUCAUAUUUUUGUUGAGCGUCCUGGGAAAUACCUUGAUCAUAGCAGUCCUGGUGCGAAACAAGCGGAUGAGAACUGUGACCAAUAUAUUCCUGCUGUCCCUGGCUGUGAGCGAUCUAAUGCUCUGCUUCUUCUGUAUGCCAUUCACCCUCAUCCCAAAUCUGAUGAAGGAUUUCAUAUUUGGCAGUGGAGUCUGUAAAAUUGCUGCCUACUUCAUGGGUAUCUCUGUAAGCGUGUCCACUUUCAGUCUGGUUGCCAUUUCCCUGGAACGAUACAGUGCGAUUUGUAACCCUCUGCAGUCCAGAGUUUGGCAAACCAAGUCCCAUGCCUUGAAAGUGAUCACUUGUACUUGGUUUGUCUCAUUCAUUCUUAUGCUACCGUAUCCAAUCUCAAGCACCUUGGUUCCCUUCACCAGAGACAAUAACAGCACUGGUAACAUGUGUCGUCUUACCUGGUCAACAGACAUCAUCCAGCAAUCCUGGUACAUUUUCCUGUUGCUGAUUCUUUUCCUUGUACCUGGAAUUGUAAUGAUGACGGCAUAUGGAUUCAUCUCUCUGGAACUAUACAGAGGAAUAAAGUUUGAACUAAUUCAUAGGAGAUCAUCCCGAGAAAGAAAAAUCAGUAACAGCAGCAUUAAACACAUUGAUAGAGAUGGCUGCUACUUCCAUAAGUCCAAAAAGGAGAAGAUGGAAAUGCAGAAGCUACCCGGCACUAAUAGUAUCAAGAUCAAAAGGGCCAGAAGCAACAGCUCCACAGCCCACCUGGUGGCAAAGAAGAGGGUGAUUCGCAUGCUGAUUGUUAUUGUGAUUAUGUUUUUCACCUGCUGGACCCCCAUAUUCACAGUCAAUGCCUGGCGAGCAUUUGACAGGAUCUCUGCGGACAGGCUGCUAUCUGGGGCACCCAUAUCCUUCAUCCACCUACUCUCCUAUACAUCCGCAUGCGUUAACCCCAUCAUUUACUGUUUCAUGAAUAAGCGUUUCCGGCUGGCCUUUCUCACCACUUUUACCUGUUGCAAGCAAAUCCAUGACUUGCCACGAGAUGUGGAAGAGGAUGUAGCUACAACAGGGGCCAGUCUUUCCAAGUACACAUACAGCAAAAUCAUCAUACCUGCCCAAGCAUAG